CUGCUCCUUCCACUACCCGACAAAACCAAAUUCAACACAAGGAGGAGUAAAUUUGCUCCCACCAACCCCCUACCCCUCUCACUCUCUCUCUCUCUCUCUCUCUAGCGCCCUUUUCCACUUCGACUCCUUUUCAAAUAAAUCAAUCAUACAUAGUCACUGCAAGUAACUAUAGGGAAAAGAAUAAGGAUAUCUAUGGCUACUGCUGUUUCCAACAGCGCCAUUUCACCACCAAGUACCAAAACUCGCAAAUCGAAUAUUCUCCUCCUCCUCGGCCCCAGCCGGCCCAAUUCCGUCCAAUUUCCAAAGAAUUCGCUCAGUCGUGCGGCUGCGGCCGUCCGCUGCUCUGCCUCCUCUCGCUCCCUCGUUUCCGCCGCCAACACCGAUACCGAUACCGAUACCGAUACGGCGAGUGGCGCUUACUAUCCCCCUUCUUCUUCUUCUUCUUACGUCGACGCCGAUGAAGAGUCGUCAGCGCCAAUCUUGACGAACAGAAGCAAUGACAAUCUCGACGAGUGCAGAGGUCGCAGGUUCCAUCCCCCAAAAUGGAACGCGCUGCAGCGGGCUGCGGCCGCCGCAUUGGACGCGGCGGAGGGGGCGCUGAUCUCCGGGCUGCUGGAGCGGCCGCGCCCGCUGCCGAAGACGGCCGACCCGGCGGUGCAGAUUUGCGGGAACUUCGCGCCGGUGGGGGAGCAGCCGCCGCGCCGCGACCUGCCGGUGGCGGGGCGCAUCCCGCCCUUCCUGAACGGCGUCUACGCGCGCAACGGCGCGAACCCGCUGCUCCCGCCGGCGGCGGGGCACCACCUCUUCGACGGCGACGGCAUGGUCCACGCCGUGCGCCUCCGCCACGGCGCCGCCGCGUCCUACGCGUGCCGCCACACCGAGACCGCGCGGCUCGCGCAGGAGCAGGCGGCCGGGCGCCCGCUGUUCCCGAAAGCCAUCGGCGAGCUGCACGGCCACUCCGGCCUCGCCCGCCUCCUCCUCUUCCGCGCGCGCGCCCUGCUCGGCCUCGUCGACCCCUCCCGCGGCUGCGGCGUCGCCAACGCCGGGCUCGCCUUCUUCGACUCCCGCCUCCUCGCCAUGUCCGAGGACGACCUCCCCUACCACGUCCGAAUCACCGCCGCCGGCGAUCUCGAGACCGUCGGGAGGUACGACUUCUCCGGGCAGCUCAGCUCCCCCAUGAUCGCCCACCCCAAGCUCGACCCCGUCUCCGGCGAGCUCUUCGCCCUCAGCUACAGCAUCCUCGCCGAGCCCUACCUCAAGUACUUCCGCUUCUCCCCCGACGGGGUCAAGUCCCCCGACGUCGACAUCCCCCUCGACCAGCCCACCAUGAUGCACGACUUCGCCAUCACGCACAACUUCAUCGUCGUGCCCGACCAGCAGGUCGUGUUCCGCCUCCCGGAGAUGAUCCGUGGCGGAUCGCCGGUCGUCUACGACCGCUCCAAAACCCCGCGGUUCGGCGUCCUGCCCAAGCACGCCGCCGACGCCUCGCAGAUGCGGUGGGUCGACGUGCCGGACUGCUUCUGCUUCCAUCUGUGGAACGCGUGGGAGGAGCCGGCGGCCGGCGAGGUGGUGGUGAUCGGCUCCUGCAUGACGCCGCCCGACGCCGUGUUCAACGACUCCGGGGAGAGCCUGAAAAGCGCGCUGACGGAAAUUCGGCUGAAUCUACGCACGGGAAAGUCCAGCCGCCGGCACAUCCAGAGCCCCCAGGACCAGAUGAACCUGGAGGCCGGAAUGGUCAACAAGCACCGCCUCGGCAGAAAGACCCGGUUCGCCUACCUGGCCAUCGCCGAGCCCUGGCCCAAGGUGUCCGGCUUCGCCAAGGUCGACCUGCUCACCGGAAAGACCGUCAACUAUCUCUACGGAGAGGGGCGCUUCGGCGGGGAGCCCUGCUUCGUGCCCAGGGACGCCGCCGCCCCGCGGGAGGACGACGGCUACGUGCUGUCCUUCGUGCACGACGAGCGCGCCGGCGUGUCCGAGCUCGUCAUCGUCAAUGCUGCCGACAUGCGGCUCGAGGCCACCGUCAAGCUCCCGUCGCGCGUCCCCUACGGGUUCCACGGCACAUUCAUCGACGCCAAGGACUUGGCGUCGCAGGCCUAAUAAGCCAGCCUCGCCAUAGACAGAGCUAAUUUUAUUAUUGACAGUCAGACAGGUAGACAGAUUUACUAAAUCUAGUCUCUAUCCACUCGGCUGGUUUUAUAAGAUUUAGUAUAUCUGAUCUGUCUAUGGCUCAGUCAAUACCGCUGUUUAUUCCGACCUACGACCUUUUUGCAGGGCAGGGUACACCAAUAGGGGGCCUCCCCUGUUUCUUGGUUUCAGUUGGAUUUUUCCGUUUCUUUUUUUGCAUUUUACCCCUUGCUAUUUGGGGUUUUUACAAUUAUAGCAGUCAUAUGGUUUUGUCUUUUGCUUUUCUUUUUCUUUUUUUUUUUUUUUUUUUUUGUA